AAAGAUGACGGUUCCAUCCCUUCCCUUCCCUUCCAAGUUUCUUCACCAAAAUAAAAGCAGCGGGCAACAUUGCCAUACCUGCAAACAUCCACGCACACCCAAGAAUUGGUUGGACUCCUGUCUAGUACUAGUAUACAGGAAGAUCAAAAGCUUUGCUCCAUAUAAACCGAGCGGAUUUCUCCGAAGAAAUAAGUAAAAAGCUGCCGACAACAUUGAUGAUUGGGUUGAUGAAUAUUCCUCUUCAUCAUCUGUUGAUGACACAGUGGAGAACGAUGAUUCCGUUGGCGUUGAGAAUGACUUUGCUUCAUAAGAGUCAUUUCCAGGCAAUGGAAAUUCUUCAGCUCCCGACGACAUCAAUGAUGUUGAUGAUUGGAUUGAUGAAUCUUCCUCUUCAUCAUCUGUUGAUGAUACAGUAGACAACGAUGAUUCCGUUGGCGUUGAGAAUGACUUCUCUUCAUCAUCGCUGUUGCUCAUGCUUUCUGAAUCAUUCCAGGGGGAAGAGUCAGUACUAGGCAAUAGACCUUCUUCAGCUACAGAAUAAUAAUCGGAAAAUGCAAUGCUUUCCUGUUCUGUAUCAGAAAGAGGAAUCUCUUUGUGACCACCCUCGGAAUCCUUCUUCUCUCCAUCGACAUGGAUUAUAGUGUGCACUUCAUUCUCUUCCUAAACAAAUAAGCAUAACACAAACAU